AUGACCAAGCAUUUUCGUUUCGCAAUAAUGCUUCAUGGUGCUUUCGCUCUCACUGUCCUUGUUCAUUCCCAGGAUCAAUUAGGCUUUAUCAGCAUAGACUGUGGGAUACCAGAUGACUCAAGCUAUAAAGAUGGAAUAACAGAUAUCAAUUACACUUCAGACUCAACCUUCACAGACACUGGUGUAAAUGGGAAUAUUUCACCCGAAUACAGGACCAAUUCUCUUGAACAACAGUUUUGGACUGUCCACAGCUUUCCUGAAGGAACUAAAAAUUGUUACACCUUAAGCCCUUCAUCAGGCAAAGACAGGAACUAUUUGAUCCGAGCGAAAUUCAUGUAUGGGAACUAUGAUGGCGAAGGCAAAACCCCAACAUUUGAUUUGUAUCUUGGAGUAAACAGGUGGGAUACAGUUGCAGUGUCAGAUGCAUCAAGUACAAUACCCAAGGAAAUUAUUCAUUUGUCCUCAUCAGAAGACAUCUAUGUUUGUCUUGUAAACACAGGCUUUGGGACACCUUUCAUAUCAGUAUUAGAGCUAAGACCUUUGCCGAACGAUACCUACAUACCUAAAUCAGGAUCGCUGGAGCUCUUUGAUCGGGCGAAUUGCGGCUUAGUCAAUCAAACUUACAGGUACAAAGAUGAUGUUUUUGACCGCAUAUGGUCACCCUUUGGCGCAAGUCAGUGGAGAAACAUUAGUACCAUUCAACCGGUCUCAAGCGGCAAUUCUUACCAAUUACCAUCUGUUGUCAUGAGUACUGCAGUCACGCCAUUCACUACAAAUGAUUCCAUAGGCUUGUAUUGGUCUCCCAACAAUGCAACCUCCCAAUAUUAUUUUUACAUGCACUUUGCUGAAAUUGAAAAUCUUCAAGCAAAUCAGUCUAGAGAAUUCAACAUCUUUCUGAAUGGGGAUUUGUGGUAUAAAGCUCUUUCUCCAAGAUACCUGGUCGCUACUACAAUAUACAGCCCAACAUACAGAACAAAACCAGACAGUGAAACUAAAUUUAAGAUUUGGAUCAAUAAAACCGAGACUUCAACCCUUCCACCCAUUCUCAACGCUAUCGAGAUAUACACAGUGAAUCAGCUUUUACAAGCACAAACAGACCAAAAAGAUGUUGAUUCUAUCAAGAAUAUCAAGUCAAUGUAUGGAAUAAAAAGAAACUGGCAAGGAGAUCCUUGUGCCCCUAGAGAUUACUCGUGGGACGGUCUUAAUUGCAGCUACAGUAAUUUUGAUCCAGCCAGCAUCAUAUCAUUGAACUUAUCCUCAAGUGGAUUGACUGGGGAGAUAGCUCCUUUCAUUUCAAAUCUCACAAUGAUACAAUAUCUGGAUCUAUCAAACAAUAGCUUAAAAGGAACGAUUCCCACUUUUCUAUCACAACUGCUACUCUUGCAAGUUCUAAACCUUCAAAAUAACAGCCUCUCAGGAUCCAUUCCCAUGGAACUCAUUGAAAGAUCAAAUAAGGGAUUACUUUUGCUCAGUGUUGGAGGAAAUCCAAAUCUUGCUAGUGAUGGGGGAAAUACAAAUCCAAAUUCUUGUGUGUCCAGUCCAUGCAAAAAGAAAAAGAAUGUUGUUGUUCCAGUAGUAACAGCAGUUGUUGGAUUUGCCAUCCUCUCAUUAUGUGGAAUUGCUCUCUUGUGGCACCUGAAAAGGAGGAAAAAAGGGGAGGUGAUCUUUGUAUCCAAUGAACAAGGAAGGGUGUUAGAGUCUAAGAAACAGCAGUUCACAUACUCAGAGGUCCUGCGUAUUACCAAUAAUUUUGCAAGCGUUAUCGCGAAAGGAGGCUUUGGAACAGUUUAUCAUGGCUACUUUGAUGGCCUUCAAGUUGCUGUGAAGAUGCUUUCACCUUCAUCAGUUCAAGGGUAUAAGGAAUUUCAGGCAGAGGCCAAUUUUCUUAUGAAAGUUCAUCACAAAAACUUGACUUCUUUUGUUGGAUAUUGCCAUGAAAACACCAAUAUGGGGCUCAUCUAUGAGUAUAUGGCAAAUGGAAACUUGGCACAGCAUCUGUCAGGAGUUGUGAGCGCGGAUAAAAAUUCAAGUUUCUUGAGUUGGGAAACUAGACUCAAAAUAGCAAUGGACUCAGCACAAGGAUUAGAGUAUUUGCACAAUGGUUGCAAGCCACCCAUUAUCCACCGUGAUGUGAAGUCUACAAACAUCUUAUUGGAUGAAAAUUUCCAAGCCAAACUAACUGAUUUAGGGUUGUCUAGAAUUAUCUCUAGCGAAGGUGGCACUCAUGUCUCAACAAAAGUUGUUGGCACCCCAGGAUACCUUGACCCUGAGUACUAUGCAACAAACUGGUUGACUGAGAAGAGUGAUGUUUUCAGCUUUGGAGUUGUUCUAUUGGAAAUAAUCACAGGACGACUUGCAAUCACUAAAGCUCCGGAGAAACUUCAUAUAAUUAAAUGGGUUAAUUCCAUGCUUGAAAGAGGGGAUGUUAAGAAUAUUGUGGAUCCAAGGUUAGCAGGAGACCUUGACAUUAAUUCUGUUUGGAAAGCAAUAGAAGUGGCAAUGGCUUGUGUGUCUCCCAAUUCCAUCCAAAGGCCAACUAUGACUUAUGUAGUGAUGGAAUUAAAGCAAUGUUUGGCAAUGGAAUUGGCUCGGAUGCAUGAGGGCUUUGAGAUAGAUUUAGACCAAAUCAGUGGAAUGAACUUUGUGCAUACUGGAAAAACUCCCUUGGCAAGGUAG